AUGAAGUCAGUUUCCAGGGAAGGUGAAGCUUCAGGGAAAUCUGACCUGAAAAAAUCGAAAAAAUACAAGUUUAAAGGUAAAAACACAAGAAAAAACGAAAAUAAAUCGCAAAACAAUGAUAAUAAAGCCUCUAAAGACGAAGAAUCUGGAGUAGAGCGUAAAAAACGACAUAAAAGGAAAAAUAAACAGAAACUUGACCUAAACAUAGACUCAACACUGGAGUUUGAAAAUGAGUCGAAAAUACGGGAACAGGAGGACAGAAUAGCCGAUAACGAAUGGAUGAAUAAUCCCAGUUCAGUCCUGGAUUAUGAAAGACUGGUCGUCACCAACUCUAGCUCCUCAGUGGUCUGGAUCGCAUAUAUGUCGUUCUACCUGAACUCGGGAGACCUGGAAAUGGCCAGGAAGACAGUGAAUCGUGGCCUAAAGGCGAUCGACUUUCGAGAAAUGGGCGAAAAGUUAAAUCUAUGGGUAGCAUAUUUAAACAUGGAGUGCAUAUACGGAGACAAAGUGAUGGAAGUGUUUAAUAAAGCUGUGCAGUACAACGACAGUAAAACCAUUUACCUGAAGAUGAUAGGAAUACUGGUGUCAAACAACCAGUUUGACAAGGCCAGGGAAAUAUGUGAAAAGGGAAUAAAGAAGUUUUACACCUCAAAAAAGAUUUGGCUCGCGUACCUGAAGCUGUUUUACGAGCAUAUGAAGGACUUCGAAGCAGGAAGGCAGUUGCACAAGACGUGCAUAUCAAGGAUUCCGAAGCACAAGAGGCUCUUCAUAACGUCCUCGACGGCGCUGCUGGAGUACAAACACGGGGGAAAAAUGUACUUCGAAAACAUUCUGCUGGACAACCCCAAGAGAAUGGACAUCUGGAACCAGUAUCUGACGGCACACAUCAAGUUACAGAUCAGCGACACGGUGACGCCGAAGUCUGAGAGGCUGAAGAACGUGAGGAACCUGUUUGAGAGGGCCAUCAGUCUGGACUUGAAGCCGAAGAAGAUGAAAAUAAUCUUUGCGAAGUGGUUGGAGUUUGAGUGUACUCACGGGAACGAGAAGUCGAAGCAGAUGGUCCAGAACAAGGCGCUCAAGUACGUGGAAUACAUGGAAAAGAAGCUUCCAAGUUGA